AUGGCGCCCUCCAAGUACCGUACCCCCCCUCAACCGCCGCCGUUGUUCACGGCUACGGCCAGCAGCUUGGUCGACGAUGCGAAGAGGCUGUGUGACAAGACGAGAAAGCUACUGGAUGACAUCGUAGAGAAAGUCACCCCUGAGACGGCAAACUUUGAAAAUACCAUGUUGCGGAUUGCGCAGGAAGAAGAUAUCUUUGCGCUCGAGAGUCGCAUCCUCGCCUUCUAUCAAGCGACGAGCACCGAUGCCGCGCUCCGCGAUGCUUCGUCCAAGGCCGAGGAGAUCAUGGACGACUUCAGUAUCGAGGCUGGUAUGCGCGAGGACGUGUUUAAGCUGAUUGAUGCGGCGUGGGAGAAGGCGAAGAAAGAUGGGGAGGCGAGUGGCUUAGAUGGAGAGAGUUUGAAGUUGCUAGAGAAUGAACGCAGGAGUUAUGUGCAGAAUGGAUUGGGGAUCGAGAGUGGAGUUAAGAGGGAUCGCUUCAAGGAGAUUAAGAAGAGGCUGAGCAUGAUUGCGAUCGAGUUUCAGAAGAACCUCAACGAGGAGAAUGGCGGUAUCUGGUUCACGAGAGAAGAACUUGAGGGCGUCCCCGAGGAUGUAUUGGUUGGAUUCGAAAAGGGGACUGGCGAAAACGAGGGGAAGUUGCGUUUUACGUUCAAGUAUCCGGAUCUGUUCCCCACGUUGAAGUUUGCGCUUGAUGCGAAGACGAGACAGAAAAUUUUCAUCGAAAAUGAGAACAAGUGCAACGGGAACGUCCCUCUCUUCAAGGAAGCUAUCAUCCUCCGUGACGAAGCUGCUAGACUUCUGGGAUACCCUGAUUGGGCUUCUUUCCGCAUCGAUGAUAAGAUGGCCAAGACACCCAAGACAGUCAACGAUUUCCUGGAUGAUCUGAGACAUCAACUCACUCCUGGUGGUGUAAAGGAAAUUGAACAUCUCCUGGAGCUAAAGAAAGCGGAUCUGAAAGCUAGAGGACUCGAUUCUUCCAAGCUGGGAAAAAACUACUUUCUCUGGGACACUCGCUUCUAUAAUCGUAUGAUGAUCGAGAAGGAGUUUUCUAUCGACGAGCAGAAGAUUGCAGAAUACUUCCCGCUACGAUCGACUGUGGACGGCAUGCUCAAGAUUUUCGAGGAGCUCUUCGGAUUCGUAUUCGUCGAGAUCGUAGAAGAAGACAAGGCAAAGCUUGCCACGACUGGCAAUGCUCAAGACACGUACUGGCACGCAGACGUCAAAAUCUUCAGCGUCUGGGAUGACGAGAGUGAAGGCAAUGGUUUCGUCGGAUAUCUUUACCUUGACCUCCACCCACGCCCUGGCAAGUACGGCCACGCUGCCAAUUUCAACCUCCAACCUGGCUUUCUCUACCCUAACGGCACCCGUCGCUACCCAGCUACUGCUCUGGUAUGCAACUUCUCCAAGCCAACACCCACUAAGCCUUCUCUCCUCAAACACGACGAGGUGGUAACCCUCUUCCAUGAACUCGGUCACGGCAUUCACGAUCUCGCUAGCCGUACAAAGUACUCCCGUUUCCACGGCACAUCGGUCGUCCGUGAUUUUGUCGAAGCUCCCUCGCAAAUGCUCGAGAACUGGUGCUGGACCCCCUCGCAGCUCAAGAGUCUUAGCAACCAUUACGAGACCGGUGAACAGAUCCCAGAUGAUCUCAUUGAGAAGCAAAUCUCCCUCAAGCACGUCAACGGCGCCCUGUUCAAUCUCCGCCAACUCCACUUCGGCAUAUUCGACAUGGCGGUCCAUACACCGUCCUCCCACGCAGAUGCCGAAGCCUUCGAGCUAUCCUCCAUGUACAACGCUCUUCGCAAAGAUAUCUCUGGUCUCAAGGGCCCUCAAGCUCUGGGCAUGGAUUCUGACUGGGGCAACGGCCAAGCUAUCUUUGGCCAUCUCAUUAGUGGGUAUGAUGCAGGUUACUAUGGGUAUUUGAGCUCUCAGGUCUAUUCGGCGGAUAUGUUCCACUCAGUGUUCAAGAAGGAUCCGAUGAGCAAGACGGAGGGGAGACGGUACAGACAUAUGGUGCUUGAGAAGGGGGGCAGUCAGGAUGAGAUGAAGACGCUGGAGGACUUCUUGGGGAGGAAGCCAAGUACGGAGGCGUUCUAUCGAGAGUUGGGGCUGGCUGCUAAGUAG